CUUAGGUUCGCUAUCUGUGUCCCCGCAAUAUGGAUUAAACAUUACUUCAGUUUUCAAAUAUCCAACACCAAGGAAAAGUCUUCAUAAUGCUCAUGAUGCUUUCAACAAAGAACACGAAGACGAUGAUCCAGAGAGCAACAUAACUGAUGGUGAAGUUAGAGUCUUAACUUUUGGAGUGCAUCUUCUCGUUAGUCCAAAUGAUUUAACCAGUGCAGUGUACAAUAUUUAAUUGUUUAUAAAAUUCCUUCUGUUAACACAGAGAAAUAAUAUAGAAAUAUGAAUCUUAUAUGAAAUGUUGUGCAGGCAUAGAUUUACAUUUGAAUCACACCAUGACGUUAUUCUGAUACACAGAGAGCUUUUGCCCUUGCUCUAUAUUUUAAAAGUGCGAGAGCAUACAACUUGCUGGCACAACUUUUUGUCCUCCCAACACCUCGGAUGCUGAGAUUUUGCCUGAAGAGGAUUUCUUUCUCAGCAGGGUGGAAUAAAUCCUUUUUCAGGGUAAUUGAAAAAAAGGGAGCUACCAUGAAAAAACAAGAGCAAAUUUGUGGCAUAGUCUUUGAUGCCAUUUCUAUCAAAUCUGGCAUUUUUUAUGAUGUAGCAAAUGACAAAAUGCAAGGGUAUGAAGACCUUGGUGAGUAUGCCAGCUCCAAAAAGAUAGCUCAGUAUGCCAUGGUUUUUAUGGCUAGGGGACUAGCAUCUAACUGGAAGCAAACUUUGGGCUUCUUUUACUUCCACAAAAGUGUUAAGUCAGAGAUUUUGUGUAAGAUGAUUUCAGACUGCUUCACUAAGUUGAAAGAUUCUGGGUUUAUUCCAAAAUUUGUCAUCUGUCAUCAAGACACUACAAAUAGGAGUGUGUUCAACAAAUUUUGUAUUACCAGUUAUUCACCAUCACUGCUCCAUAAUGGAGACGAUAUAUAUUUUUUCUUUGACACUCCACAUCUUUUAAAAAGUAUAAGGAACAAUUUAAUGAAAUAUGAUUUUAAAGUUGAUAACAAAAUUAUUAGCUGGAAGUAUGUGGUGGAUUUUUAUAAAGAGAUUCUUCAAUGUACCUUCGCCUCGCUCCCAAACUGCAUGACCAACAUGUUUUUUUAACCACUUUCGACAAAAUGAGGGUUUGUCUGGCUUCUCAGAUAUUUAGUAGAAGUGUAGCGGCGGGGAUCAGUACCCACACUGAAUUGGGGGCUAUGCCACCUGAGGCAAUUCACACUGCUCAUUUCAUUAAUAAGAUGGACAAGCUUUUGGAUACU